UUUCCAUCUUUUCUUGAAUAUUUUCUGCUUCUUGUUUACCUUCUAGUAGUUUAUUAUUCAUGUUCUUCAAAUUCCCUGUGAUUUUUAUUUUUAUUGCUCUGCACAACUUAAAUACAAAGUUUAAAGCUUGUGCACCAGUGAUCUGUCUCUGACUGCCCUUUGCCAUUUCAUAUGUGUGUGUAUCUGUGUGUGUAUUUUAAGUUUUUUAGUGUCAGAGCAAGACUUUGUGACCAGUUUAAAGGGAACAUGAGAUGUUUGAGGAAGACCCACUCUGAAGAAUGCAGGUCUGCAGUGCAUGCUUCUGAGCAAAACUAAAAUCAGGGUUUCAGGAAUUUGCAGAUUUAAAAAUUGGAGUCUCUGAGGGUGCUAUAUUUUGUUUUGCAAGUUCUGAACUAGUGAAGUAGACUAUAUAGGUGGGUGCGGUUUAAACUUUACUCUUCUAGCAAGUUCUACUAAAUUUACAUAUACGGGGUAUACAGAAGCUGUAGACCAGAAAAAAAACAUACAGUUUUCAUUAGUGUAAAGUAAUAGAUGGGUUGUGCUGCAUCGCGUAUUGAUAAAGAUGAAAGGGUUAGAAUAUGCAAGGAGAGGAAGAGAUUAAUGAAGCAGGUGGUAAGAUUUAGAGGAGUAUUUGCUGAGGCCCAGUUAGAGUAUUUGACAGCACUGAAAAAUACUGGUGCAACCCUUCGCCAGUUCACAGAAUCCGAUUCACUGGAACUCGAUGAUAACCCAUUUGGGGCUACAUCCCCACCUUCACCUCCUCCUCCAUUGCCUCCCUCACCUCCACCUCCACCUACUUUUAGUCCUGAUCCAAGGAAGGUUAAUAAUAACCACAAGUUGGAUGCUUCCCAAGAAGAAAGUAUAGAAUUCGAUGAAGAUAAUAGCUGCACACCUCCUCCACCUCCGCUUCCAAGUUCUUCGUGGGAGUUCUGGGAUCCGUUUGGUAAUUCUGCUGCGCAUUAUAAGGAGAAAAGUGAAACAGUUGAUCAGAUUGAAGAGGAAUGUUGGGCCGAGGCCAAGGAGAAUAGUGAUAUUGUGGAUCAGGUUGAAGAGGAAAACUGGGCUGAGGCCAAUACAGAAUUUGAAGAGGAAAAUUUGGAAGAGGAAGCUGGAAGUACUGAUCUUGUGAAUCUUCUUUCCGAGAAGCCACAUCGGAGUGAAUUUUUUGAUGAUAAUUCAUCUGUGAUGAGCUGGCAUACUAAAGACACCUCAGAUAUGGCCAUGGUGGUUUCGAUGAGUAAGAGAACCUUGGCAAAUAUUGUCAGGGAGCUAGAUGAUUGCUUUCUAAAAGCGUCUUCUGGUGGGAAAAAUAUAGGCGUUCUUAUGGACAUUACGGUGGUGGACUCUGUUCUUUGGCAGAAGAAUAAGGAAAAUAAGAGGAAGAGGUCAAAUUCUGUAAAAGUCUUCAGUGCACUAACAUGGAGUUGGUCGUCCAGAUCACUUAAUCAUACAAGAGAUAUUAUAGAUUUCUCUGAUCCUAGUGAAGCCUGUAAGCCUGGAGCUCAUUGCAUUACCCUAAGAAAGCUAUGCGACGAGGAGCAUAAACUCUACAAGGAAGUAAAGGAGGAAGAGAUGAACAAAUUAGAGCAUGAGAAAAAGUCCUUGCAAUUACAAAAACAACAAAUGGAAGAUCAGGACUGGACAAAAACCGAGAAAACUCGAGCAAGUGUUGAGAGCCUACAGUCUGAGAUCAUACGUCUACAACAGUCAAUUAGCCGGACUUGCUCAACCAUUUUGGUUCUAAUAAAUGAGGAGCUGCAUCCACAGCUGUCUGCAUUAACUUCUGGGUUGAUGCAUAUGUGGAAGAAAAUGUUUGAUUGUCAUCAAGUUCAGACCCAUAUUUCCCAGCAGGUGAAUCACCUCUCAAAUUACCAAUGUGUUGAUCCAACUACUGAUUACCAUAAGCAGGCUGCAGCUCAGCUUAAAUCUGAGGUCACUUCAUGGUGUGACAGCUUCUGCAAACUCAUAAAAUUUCAACGAGAAUAUGUGAGAACUAUGUCCAGGUGGAUCAAACUCACAGAUUGCCUUGUGGAGAAUUCUGAUCUAUCCAGUGGCCCAUCUGCAGUUCACGCACUCUGUGAGAACUGGCAUCUUGCCCUUGACAAGUUACCUGAAAAGGCAGCCGAAGAAGCCAUCAAGAGCUUUUUGUCAGCCAUUCACGCCAUAGUCUUGCAGCAGGAAGAUGAACUUAGUCUACUCAGAAGAUCUGAUAAACUCGAAAAAAAAUUGCGAAGGGAGCUAAACUCAAUGGCCGAAAUGGAGAUGAAGUUUGAGGGGAGCUUUAAUGUCGAAAACCCACACUCUGGGUUGAGCCCUAAGCAUCCAUUAGUUGUUAAGCGAGCAAAAGUGGAGGCGUUGAAGAAGCAGGUGGAUGAUGAGAAGGCCAAGUAUCUCAGCUCAGUUGAAGUUACUAGAGUCAUGACCCUAAAUAACCUAAAGACUAGUCUCCCUAAUGUAUUCCGGGCAUUGAUGGGGUUUGCUAGUGCCUAUAGUCAGGCAUUCGAGGUCAUUCAUAGUGCCACACCGUAGAGCCGGCGGCACUCACCAAGUCUAUCAGUUAUCCUGACUGAUUUUUUUAGCCCAGUUUUUUUUUUUGCUUUUUCUGUGAGGGCCUUCUCAAAGUUUUAAAUGCCCCAUCUUUGAUGAAAUCAUCAAUUUGCCCACAGCGAAGAGUGCUAGUUCAGUUUUAUGUAUAUAAAUCUAUAAUAUCUAAGAAGCUUCCAGCUUGUAGCAAGAUGAUUUAGAUAUAAGAUAUAUCUACUUGAAGUUUUGCAGUUUUUCCUUCA